UGCAGGAUCCUGCCUGAUUCCGAGCAGCACGGCACGGGAAUUGCGAAAUUCAUUUUUUUGCACUGUUAUGCUAAGAUUUGUCGCCAAGAUUGCUGGAAUAUAGAAAAGCCGCAGUUACAAAAAUUUCUACAAUUAAUUUUCUUUCUUUCUUUUUUUAAUAAAACAGUCCGCAGAAUAGUAUGGGCUCUAGUAACUCCACCCUAUCUAAAAUCCCAAACUUGGGAAGAUUAAUUGAGGAAACUGGAUUCACCCCUGCGCAUUUAAAACGACUGUACAAACGCUUCCAAGCAUUAGACAAGGGCAACAAGGGCUAUCUUAGUCCACAAGAUUUUGGAUCAGUUAAGGAGCUGGCCAUGAACCCCAUUGGCGAUCGGAUAAUUGGAGCUUUCUUUCCACAAGGGCAGGAAACUGUAGACUUCCACUCUUUUGUGAAGAUCCUGGCCCAUUUCCGCCCUUUGGAUAAGACCCGGGCAAAAAAGCUAGACAGCCCAGAGCCUAUCAACAGCAGGAUUGGCAAGCUGAGAUUUGCCUUCCAGCUGUACGACCAAGACAAUGAUGGCAAGAUCUCUCGUGAUGAGCUGUUACAGGUGCUGCGUGCCAUGCUUGAAAUGCAAGUGACAGAGGAGCAGCUGGAGAGCAUCGCGGACCGCACCAUUCAAGAGGCAGACUUAGAUGGGGACAAUGCCAUCUCCUUUGAUGAGUUCCGGAAGUCAUUGGAGAAGGUGAACAUUGAACACAAGAUGAGCAGUCGCUUUCUGCGCUAAUUAGGACAAGGCUGGGUGAAACUGUUUUUUGGUUUAUGGUCAGAGCUUCGACUGACUGGAACUACUAACCCAACUGACUGAUCUCUCUGAGAUCUGAUCAUGGUUUUCACUUAUUCUCUUUUUGUAAAGAUUUUCCAAGGUAUUUUUUCUACUAAAAGGAAACCUGAAAGAAAGAGGGACCCUUCUCAGUGGUAUAUGACAAAAGAGGGAGACAGUAUUUGUAAAGAUGCUGUUGGACAGGUGUUAUUGAUAGAGCAAAGAGUAAUAUAGUCACUAGAGGAAGAGGACGCUAGCAGAACAAAGCAGCAGACUUACCCUAACAAGGCAGACAACCCCUCUACCUUCUCUCAUAAUAGUUUUAUAAUUAUAUUAGCACAUUAUAUUCAAUUUCUGUUUAUAGAAUUUCUUAGAUGUACAUGUCAGUAUUAUGUGGCCAAUAUUUGCGGUUUAUUUUUUGUAAUGUGAAAAAUUAACAGUGUUUUGCAAGUUCAGAGCCUUGGGCAUCUAAUAUCAUAACCGAUACUGUAAUAAAAUCUUGCUUUUCGGUGCUGGAGAUUCCUGUUCUGCUCUGCUGUGACGUUGAAGUCUUUUGAGACGGAAAGGCGAAAUGCGAUUUCACUUUUUAUAUGUAGCAGUUGAAAUAAAUAUAAAAAUGAUGUUCUAAA